AAUACUAGUUCAUUGACUGUGAUCCUCCAUCCCUCUCCACCUCUUCAACUCCCUUGAAAAAUUAAAGUUAUCUCUGUCAUUUUAUGCUAUAUAAGCUAAGUCCAUGUAUUGUUUGUUGUUUCCUCCAAAUCUCAAAGUUUUCAACCCUAUUAUAAACAUUUGAUUCAUCAAAACCAUAUUUCAAAAAAACAAAAAAACAAAUAUUCAAUAAAACCAUGUCCACAGCUAAGCAGCAACAUCAUGCAACAUCCGAUAGAAUUAGCAACUUGCCACUAAACGUAACACAGCAAAUCCUUGAAUGUUUACCUCUGCAACAAGCAGCAAGGACGAGCGUGCUAUUGAAGUAUUGGAGGAACAAAUGGGCUUCGACUUCUAAGCUGAUACUUGAUGAGUCAUUCGCUAAAUGCAUCUGUGAAAAAAAAACUAAACCUUCUGACAAAUUAUUAGCAUACAAUAAAGCUGUUACUGAUAUUCUCUUAAGUCAUGUUGGACCGAUAGGUAAAUUUGUUCUUUACAUCCCCUCUUGGAUUCCGAAAAAAACAGACUUUAGCUCGUGGCUACGAUUUGUUUAUGAUAAUGGUGUCAAUGAUAUUACUACAAAUGAUGAUCGCAGUCUAUAUAGAAACGUUCCAACUUGUUUGUUCUCUUUUGUAAGAUUGACACAUUUAACACUCCUCAAUUGCAAUUUUGGUUCUCUUUCUCCAACAUUUAGGGGCUUUCCAUGUCUUAUUAGUCUAGAGAUUGAUAUCACCUACACAUAUUACAGCCGAGGGGAUGCGUUGACAAAUCUUAUUUCCAAAUGCCCAUUGCCUGAGCGCCUCCAUUUAUCUUUCUAUAUUUCUUCCGGCAAUAUGACUAUUCGUGCUCCGAAACUUCUAGAGUUUAUUUUGAGAGCCCAGAAGGUUAUUGAUGUAUCCUUGGUAGCAACCAGAGCUAUAGAAUUUGAUUUGCAGGUAUUCAAUUUCAGUGAUUUUACAUCUCCAAAAAUGUUUCCGAAGUUCCUGACAAGGUUACAAGCACUUGAACUUAUAGAUAUAGCUCUGAAUUAUGAUUCCAACAUCUCUCUUGUUCUCUGCUUGCUAUUGAGCUCACCAAAUCUAGAGCGACUACGUAUCAAAGCUGCGAAUGAUGAAGCAGAAUCAGAUGGUCAGUUAAGUCAGUUUGAUGACACUUAUAUCUUUCAACACCUUAAAAUCAUACACCUUGUUGGUAUCACAGGUUUGAGCAAUGAACUAAAACUUAUAAGAUUUCUACUAGCUUGCUCCCCUGUGCUGGAAAAAAUAACUAUUGAAUUGAGUACGAAAAUAGGAGGUGCUGAAGAACAGGUUAAUUUCUUCAAGGAGUUGAAUCAAUAUCGUCGAGCCUCUACAAAUGUUGAGAUGAUAUUUAAAACUUAGAAUAAAAGUGUUGGCUACACUGAUCAUUUUCUAUGUAACAGAUGUUCCUAGAUUUAAUCUUUGUUAUAUACUCUAUUAAAUUGCCUUAAAACUCUCAGAAGCUGUUUUAGUUA